CACCUCGUUCUCAACGAGCACUAAUUAAUUUCACAUAACAGAAAAAUCAAAAGCCUAAAAAAUUUCAACACCGUCAUUUUCUCUUUCUGUUGAGCAAAUUUUAGGGUUUUCAAAUUGUUGUUUCAGGUGCAACUUUGACUUCUCUCUCAUGCUCCAAACCAUUGAACACUCUCAGUUUCAAAGAUUCAUGCUAUGCCUUCUUCAAUGAUGGCAUCAUAAAAGAUCUUACUGGAAAGGCUAGAGAACUUGCACAAUUCCUGAAAAUGAACCAAGCCAAUGAAGAGAACAGCCUCGAUGCCCCUCCAAACAUUCCUUUGAAGCGAAAGCGGGGUCGCCCAAAGAAAGAUCAGAGCAUAAACCGUGGGGAGAGUGCUCCUGUGCCACCUGGAUUUGAAGGAUUGAAUAGGAACCGACCCCAACAAGUUGAUCCAAUUGAUGAUGGAAAUAAUGGCAUGGUGGGUCAGGUAGUCACAGGAGUCGUGGAGGCAGCAUUUGAUGCUGGUUAUUUGCUCAAUGUUAGGAUUGGCAACUCCAAUAUCUACCUGAGGGGUGUUGUCUUCAAGCCAGGACAUCAUGUUCCGAUCUCAGCAGGAAAUGAUGUAGCACCACAUGUUCAGAUGAUUAGGAGAAAUGAUAUUCAUCUGCCAACAGAAAAUCAAACUCGUGUCCGUGGUCACAAAGCUCGAUCCAGAGAAAGAAAUGAACAGCAUGUCAAUCUUGGUGGAAACGAAGCUACUCUUCUACUGAAUGGAUCACAACUUACAAGUCAGAUGCAUAGACAUGCUCCUCGAACUGAGAGCCCGAAGUCCUCAAAAAGAAAACGCGUGACUUCAGUGGCAGCACCUGAUGUUCCUCUAGUGGGCUCGAGAGGCACAGUGGUGCCUGUUAUACUCCAGCCAGUCAAUUUAUCUAAUGCAUUAACAAAUGCCCAGCAAAUACCUCCAGUUGCAUCCCUGGCUGCUCAAGUGGUGCCCUCAAAAGGCAAACAGAUUGAGACGGGUGCAAGCCAAGAGCUGCACACGCAAUCUCAAACCUACUAUCACAUAACACCGAGAAGUGUGCAAAUUGACAUUGGUCCUUCUCGUCAAGGUACUUCAGAAGUCCUGCAUGGGGAAGAAGCCCAGGCAAUGAAAUUGACCAGUGUUUCUAUGCCAGGUGAAAUUAAUGAGAUGGUUCAAGUUUCUUCACAUUUCUCUGAAAUGCAGUCUGAGAAAAGUAAGGUCACCGGUAUAUCGUCAAUGGAAGAUUCUAGGUUAACCUCGAAUGAGCCUCUUUUUAUCCAGCCGCUGCAAACUAUUCAUUCUGAUGUUCAUAAUCAAUCUGCACCUGUUUCUAAACCUUUGGAAUAUAGCAGAACUGGCAGAAUGACUCAGCUUUUGCAGUUUUUGCAGGAAAAAAUGACAGCGAACCAGGUGUCUCCGAUUGAACGCGUGGACAUAAAUUCUAGACUUGAAUCUGAUGAAUCAAGGAGCCCAGAAACUGAUCCUGGAAAUGAAGAAACUGUUCAGUGAAACACACAUUCUCAGGCAUCAAGUGUCUAAUUACAAUAGAUCUCCUGCCUUGACAUGUAUAGGAUCGCAAUUUUGUACUACCUCCAGAGCUCAGCCAGAGGAAUCCCGUCGAAUCAGACAUAUUCUGUGAACUUUUGGGAACUGAAUUCAUGGAAAGGCUGCAAAGGUGGAAUCCUUGUUCUGUUGUAGCUCAGAUAGAACAGCUAGUGUUACAUCUAAGACUGGUGUUUGGAUUUAUGAUCCUAAAGAAAAGCUAACCUUUUUUUGUUCACUUUUGGUAGUUGAAAUAUAGAACAUGUAAGUGGACAGCAUGCUGCUACAUACAUGCCUGGCUUCUAUGCUUUAGUUAUAAUUAUCUCUAUCAGUACAUAGUUUACUGUAAAGGUUUCAGAUGCAAUUGCUUCAGCAUUUCCUGUGUGGCCUAGCAGUUUGGAGGUUCUCGUCUUUUU